AUGAAAAGUAGAGGGAGAUCUGAUAAACUACGCCGGCCACUUCCGGAGCGCCACAGGCAGGAAUCCUCGCCCACUUUAGGCCCCGGCUGCGGGGCGCUAGUCGAAAUCCUCCGGCCUUGCGCAACCCUGCAGCCCCAGCGCUGCGGCGCCGCCCGCGGUACCAGACCGCGCGCAGAGCGAGCCCGGCAGGCGCCGGAGGGGGGCGCCGUGGCCGCGGGGACCGCCGCAAGUGCGUCGCCGACUAGCUCCGGGGCCCCGAGUGUUCGCAGGACAGGCUUUCUUUGCGCCACGCUGCCGUCGCGCGCGCUCCGGGCUUGGGCUCACUCCGGAGCUUCCCAGCAGCGCCCUCCCCCGGGGCGGGCCCUGAUCUCCGGUGCCGCGACGAGUGGGCGGCAGAAGCCGGUGGCCCACACGGCGAGCGGCUGCGAGGAGCGGCGAGACUCCCGCGGGGAGGCUGGCGCUCGGACGCAGCGGCCCCGGCGCGCUCGGACGAGAAACGAGGCCAAGGGAGGAGGAGGAAAUAGAGCAGAUGAAGGAGAGCUGCCGCCGAGGGAGGCGGCCCGGGGAGCCCGCCCGCCCGUGAGGUGCUGGCCAGGUAGCUCCCCACCCAGCGGGCACCCUCCUCGUUCCCUCCCAGCGCCCGGCACGGAAGAGGCCGGGGCCGCGCGCCCGGUGGCCAGGGCGCACCGCACCCCGAGCGCGGCGCCCUUGAGCUGCACCGCGGCGCAGGUUUGCGAGCCGACUUGUCUGCCCGCCAAGAGAAGGAAGCGCUGUCCCUUCCCGCUCAACCUGGCGUCCCCACCCCUUGUACUCUACACCCUGCCUCGGACGAGCGGCGCGGCCACGGAGGCGCCGAGGAGGGGCGAGCCGCCGCCGGGCAGCGGCGUCCCUUCGGGGGAAAGGGCGCCGGAGAGGAGGCGGCGGCGCGGCGCGGAGGGCGCGACUCGCGAUGGCAGCUGCUUAGCCCGGCGCGCACGGAGCAGCCCCGAGCUGUGGCUGGCCAGACGGGGCGGCUGGGCUGGGGACGCGGCCGCCGCCGCAGCCCGGCCGGGAGAGAUGAGCGCGGAGGCGGGCGAGGGCAUCACUUUCUCCGUGCCACCCUUCGCGGAGGGCGGCAGCUGCCGGAGGGGAGCAGCGGCGGCGGCGGCGGCGGCGGAGGGGGAGGAGAGCCAGCUACCACCGCCGCCGCCGGGCAGCUUCUGGAACGUGGAGAGUGCUGCCGCCCAGGGCACCGGCUGUACCGCUGUCACCUCCGGGAGCAGCGCCACCCGGUGCCGGGGCAACUCUGGUGGCGGAGGCGGCCGACGGACCACGGUGGCAUAUGUGAUCAACGAAGCUAGCCAGGGGCAGCUGGUGAUGGCCGAGAGCGAAGCCCUGCAGAGCCUGCGGGAGGCGUGCGAGACGGUGGGCGCCACGCUGGAGACCGUGCAAUUUGGUAAACUGGAUUUUGGGGAAACCGCGGUGCUGGACCGUUUCUACAAUGCAGAUAUCGCCGUGGUGGAGAUGAGUGACGCCUUCCGACAGCCAUCAUUGUUUUACCACCUUGGGGUCAGAGAAAGUUUCAGCAUGGCCAACAACAUCAUCCUCUACUGUGAUAAUAAUUCAGACUCUCUGCAGUCACUGAAGGAAAUCAUUUGCCAGAAGAAUACUAUGUGCACUGGGAACUACACAUUCGUUCCGUACAUGAUAACUCCACAUAACAAAGUCUACUGCUGUGACAGCAGCUUCAUGAAGGGGUUGACAGAGCUCAUGCAACCGAACUUCGAGCUGCUUCUUGGACCCAUUUGCUUACCUCUUGUGGACCGUUUCAUUCAACUUCUGAAGGUGGCACAAGCCAGUUCCAGCCAGUAUUUCCGGGAAUCUAUACUCAGUGACAUCAGGAAAGCUCGUAAUUUAUACACUGGUAAAGAAUUGGCAGCUGAAUUGGCAAGAAUUCGGCAGCGAGUAGAUAAUAUUGAAGUCUUAACGGCAGAUAUUGUCAUAAACCUGUUACUUUCCUACAGAGAUAUCCAGGACUAUGAUUCUAUUGUGCAGCUGGUAGAGACGUUAGAAAAGCUGCCAACCUUUGAUUUGGCUUCCCAUCAUCAUGUGAAGUUUCAUUAUGCAUUUGCACUGAAUAGGAGAAAUCUCCCUGGAGAUAGAGUAAGAGCUCUUGACAUUAUGAUUCCCCUGGUGCAAAGUGAAGGGCAGGUUGCUUCAGAUAUGUAUUGCCUAGUUGGUCGCAUCUACAAGGAUAUGUUUUUGGACUCGAAUUUCCUGGACACUGAAAGUAGAGACCAUGGAGCUUCUUG